AUGGAUAUGGAGAAGCAAAACGUGGGCGGCCGUUCUCCGGCCGGUGAUAACAGUACUGCUCAGAAAAGGUCGCCUCGACACACUGCCGUAUUCAAGAUCGUUCUAGCCGUUGGGUGCCUGGUGUUCAUGCUAUGGAGAGGAGUCUGGCCUUCCCACCAGUCGAUUACGAAGACUGGAGCCGCCAAAGUCCUGUCUGAUAGCCCGCUCAUUGAUGGCCACAAUGAUCUCCUCAUCCUCAUUCGAGCUAUAUACGGUAAUAGAAUCUACGACAAGAACUUCACUAAGCCAAUGGAAGAUGGCGGUAUGGCCGGACACUUCGACUUCCCUCGAUCCGAUACCGGCAUGAUGGGCGGUGCGUUCUGGUCAGCAUGGUUGCCAUGUCCAGCAGAUCCCUUUGACUUCUCGGACGAGGUCUAUGAGCCGUACGUGCGCGCCACGCUCGAGCAGCUGGACUUGUUCACUAGGCUCUCGAGCAAGUAUCCCAAGUACUUCACGCUCUCACGCAGCGCCGCGGAAGCUGAGCAAAACUUCUACAAAGAGCACAAGCUCAUCUCACCUCUUGCUAUUGAGGGUCUACAUCAGAUUGGCAACUCCUUGUCCACGCUACGCCUCUACCAUCAGCUAGGCGUAAGAUAUGCUACGCUAACCUGGAAUUGCCACAACAAGUACGCUGAUGCUGCGACCAUCACUAUCGACGGCGAGUACCAAGCGACUAAGCCCUACCACGGUGGCGUAAGCAAAGCCGGCCACGAGUUGAUCACAGAGAUGAAUAGGCUGGGCAUGAUUGUCGAUCUGAGCCAUGUCUCCGUAGACACCAUGCGAGACGUUCUAGGUGGUAGUCCUGAGAAGGGCUGGAAUGGCAGUAUCGCACCUCCAAUUUUCAGUCACUCCAGUGCCAAAGCCAUUUGUCCUCAUCCGCGCAAUGUGCCGGACGACAUCCUGCAGCUGGUCAAGGAGCGCAAUUCUCUGGUCAUGGUGAACUUCUCGCCAGAUUUCAUCAGCUGCAAAGCAAACGAUGACUCUAACGGCAUCCCAACAUACCUUAAUGAAACGAACACUAUCGAGCACAUUGUCAAGCAUAUCAUGUAUAUAGGAGAAAAGAUAGGUUACGAUCAUGUCGGAAUUGGCAGUGAUUACGACGGCAUCAUGAGCACACCACGAGGGCUGGAAGACGUGUCGAAGUUUCCUGACCUCAUCCAGAUGCUGCUCGACCGCGGUGUACGUGAGAAGGAUGCCGGUAAAAUCGCCGGAGGCAAUCUGUUGCGUGUAUGGCAUGAUGUCGAUGCAGUGGCAGCAAGACUGCAAAAGGAGACGGAUCCGACUGAGGAUUUCUUCAAGCCUGGUGUCGGCCCUUUGUGGGAGCUGGAGAGUGGCUUGAUUGGUGAUCUGGCUAUGUGA